GCAGUCAGGCUGCCGUCACAUGGUUUCUGUUGCCGACUGAGCUCAGCGGAGGAGGAGCCUCUGCCAGAAGUCUGUGUAAGAGACGACCUGCAGUGUUUUCUCAUGUGGCCUCGCAACAAGCUGAACGAGUGACUCAGAUCAAGGCAGAGCUGCGCAGCAAACGGCCUGUUAUGGAGAUCCCUGCCAUAAACCUAAAGGCCAUCGUCCUGGUGCACUGGCUCCUCACAGUGUGGGGCUGCAUGGCGCUGUGGCUGCCCACGUCCUACGCGUGGGGGAACUUCACCGUCCUGGCCGUCGGCGUGUGGGCCGUGGCGCAGAGGGACUCGCUGGACGCGGUGCUGAUGUUCCUGCUGGGGAUGAUCGUGACCAUACUGACUGACAUCGUCCACUUCGGCAUCUUCUACCACGUUCCGGACCUGGUGCCGGACCUGUUCCGCUUCAGCGCGGGCAUGGCCAUCCUCAGCCUGCUGCUCAAACCCGCCUCCUGCUUCUUCGUUUACCAGAUGUACCGCGAGCGCGGGGGCGAGUACAACGUCAACUUUGGUUUCCCCUCUGUAUCACGUAGCAGAGACGCCUAUCAGUCCAUUGACCAACAGCACGAGUCGUCCAGCGCAGCCAGUCCCUUCAACCAGACCCAGGACGGCAAAGCAGGAGCCCGUAAAUACUGAGCCGCGCGGCGGGUGACUUCCUUCCUCUGGAGCCUCUGUAGUUCAGCUCCAGUCGUGAUGCUCCAUCUGCUGCAGAGACCAGUCCAGCCUCCUUCUUCUUCUCCCUCCGUCCUCCUGUUAUCUUGAUUUGUACUGAUGUAGUCUCUUUGUUUCCGUCUCACAUGUUCAGCCGUAUGUUUCCCACAGACGCUGCUGCAGUAUUAAAUACUGUAUGUUUGCACAUAAUGAAGGACCCUGUUACACAGUCUAGGUCCUGUUGUGUUCAAACAACACGGAAGCUGAGGUCUUCCAUUAUUUCAUUAAAUCUCCCUCAUGCUCGUCCACAUGUCAUUAAUCCAGUUGAUGUGCUGGUACCAGUCUGGACGUCUCCUGUCAUCAACCAUCACGUUUUCCACUCGCUCCAGCGUUUGCUCAAAUAACACGACUGAGCCGAGGUGAGAACGUGGCGCUGAACCUGCAGACGACCGAACAGCAACUCUGAAAUGUCCUAUUUUAUGCUUUGUCUAUUUUUUAUAGUUUAGAGAGAAAGUUACUACUGAAGCCCAGUUUUCUGUCAGAGAAACUAUUUUUAUUUGUGGUCGGAACUGGUUGUGAGUGUUUGUUGCUUUGAAGUGAAAGUGAGAAGAUUUCAUAGAGGAAAUAGAAUCUACGGCAGAGGUUUUGUCAAACAAGCUUUACAGCAGGAAUGAGGUUUGCACAGAAGCUUUCAGACGGACUGUCCACAGAAUCCUCGCUGCUCUUAUUGGUUCUUCUUCCCGUCACACGUCUGUUUACUCUCACCCUCUCAGACUUUACGCAUCCACACAGACAUUUAUCACCGGCUUCUGCUCAGAGACCCUCCACCUUCAGGCUCCGUGUGUUUUCACUGAGAGGCUGAAAUGAAAACCUCACUUAUCCACUGCUGUUAUUUGUGUACAUGUAAGUGACUUGAAAUGAGACGAAAGUGCCUCAAUAAGCAAAUAAAUAAUUAAACUGUG